GAGAGAGAGAGAGAGAGAGAGAGAGAGAGAGAGAGAGAAUGUGUUAUUUAAGUAAAUGCUUCUGAGGUAGGCAGAGACAGGGUGGUCGGUAUAGCGAGAGGGCACUGUGAUCAUCCAACCCCUUUAUGUGAAUCCUCCUCUAGGAGACUUAUCAUCUGACUCAGGAGCAGAGUCUAUCUGGAGCCAAGGGUCCAUAGGCACUCAGAGUCAAAAUGGAGUCCUUCAGCUCUAAGGACAUGGCCAUGAAGGCCCAGAAGAAAAUCCUCAGCCACAUGGCUAGCAAAUCCAUGGUGCAGAUGUUAAUUGAUGACACCAGCAGCGAAAUCCUGGAUGAGCUCUACCGCAUCUCCAAGGAACACUCUGGAAACCGCACAGAGGCCCAGAAGGUGGUCAAGGACCUGGUAAAGGUGGUGGUAAAGGUGGGGGUUCUCUUUCGGCACAACCGCUUCAGUAAAGAGGAGCUCAGCCUGACUCAGGACUUCAAGAAGAAGCUGCACCAGGGGGUCAUGACGACAAUCAGCUUCCAGGAGGUGGAGUUCACAUUUGAUAAGGCUGUCAUGAUGGAGCUUCUGACAGAUUGCAGGGACAUCUUGCUGAAGCUCGUGGAGAAACACCUGACACCCAAAUCCUUUGGACGCAUUCGGCAUGUCUUCAACCACUACUCUGACCCAGACCUACUGACCAACCUCUACACCCCCGGCGGCCCACUCUGGCCUAAUCUCACCAAGAUCUGCAAUGGCCUGAACAAACUGGUUGAGGAAGGCAAGCUUUGAGUGGGAAUUACGAACAACACUGGAAAAAGGAGAAACUGUGGCAGGCCUAUUAAAGAAUUCUGAAUUCCUUUUGCCCGUGAAAAUAUCAUUUUGGUAGCUUAAUGGGGACAUUGACUCAGUGUGAGUUGAUGAUGUAGAUAUGGAUUUAUGUUGGGAUCUUUAUGAGGGCAUGGAAUCAUCGCCCUUGCUUUACAACUUAAGCCAUCUGCAUUAGGGCUGGGCGAUAUAUUGUGUAUUCAUCAUUAUCACAAUAUGAAUGGGAUUGAUAUGCGUAGUCAUAUUUCACCAUCAGGAUGUUACCUCUACCUCUGCCUAAAUGCAUUUCAGUCGAAUGCUGUUGGAAAGUAAAGUCCAUUCAAACAUGACAUAUGAAAGAAAAAAAUGAUUUUUUUUUUGCUAAAAUCACCUGUGAAAUCGUCCAAAUAGUUUUUGUUGACUUCUUUGUCAGGAUUCCCUGCUUCCAGCACGAUAAGAAUGCAUCUGUGGUCUAAUUUCAAUUGAUUAGUCCUCCUGUUUUAAGACAUUAGCUCUUUUAUUAGCUAUUUUACGAGUGUGUUAAGAUUACAGGAUGGGGUUGGGGGGCUAGCAGUUUAAACGUUUGUUUAUAACAUGUUGCGUACACAAGUGUGUAGUAUUUCAGCAGUAGCACUUAGUGGAUGUUAUGCAAUGGGAGAAGAAUGAGGCAACAAUUAACCAUGAACCAUAACACUUUCCACAGGAGAUACAGAACUGCACAGCAAGUGAACUCUAACGGGUGUUCCCUACCCCUUUGCAAGUUAUCUGUUUUCUAGAACUGUCUUAGAUUUCGAAAGGGAAUAUCUGCAAUUACAGGACUUACGGGCCAAAAUAUAGUGUGUAUCUAUCAGGCUUGAAGGCUUAUUGUGAGUUCUGUUUUGUUAAACUUCAGACUACAAAAUGUUUGGCAAGGAAGGAAACAGGAACUGUCAAAAAGACAGCACCCUCAGGCUUUCCCCGGAAAAUGGCCUCAGGAAAUGAGGCAAGCAUGCAUCACCUGCCUGCAUUGUGAGACUAGAUAUGCAAACAUUGAUUAACGUGUCAUUCCAGUUUCAGUACAUGCCAUUAAUGCAACAGGUUAUCCUAUUCUUAGCCAAAACUGUGAAAAAUGACCGGUUCAUGAAGCCAUGCUGUCCUCUAGUGGGCUAUAGUGAAUAUUGCACCUGGAGUUGGAUUACUUACUGGCACUUGUAAUUUACCAUAAUUCAAGAUGCUUCUUUCAUUUCUGAUGAAUAUACAAUCAGUACUAUCACAUAGGCAACUGUAUUAAUAUUAUUGAAAGCUACAAUAAAAGCCUUAAAAUAAUCUGCUUCUUGUGAGGUGGGACUACAACUCAUCUUGUACCAGUUAGGACAGAAUUAUUCUUCCAACAUCCAUUAGGUAUAAUGAUCAUUUAAUCCUUGUUGUUUGAAUCUGAUCAGAGGUUUGUAUCAAAACGCAGAUGACCAAUGAACUCCAUAUGUAUCCAAAAUCUACAUAGGGGAGAGUGGGGCAAUUUGAGCCAAAAGUAUAAAUUGAGUUAUCGUGUUAGAGGUUUUAUGAUGUUUGUAUCUAGACCUAAGUAAAUCAUUUAAGAUUGUUUUAUACUUCAGUUGGGGUCUCAAUAAGUUUCAAUGUGAGGUCCUAAAUCUGGCUUGAAAGUAGCUGUGGAUUAACUGCAGGAUUCAGAAAGACCAUACCAAUGUAUGACCUAAUUUGAUCACUCUUUCGUUGCUGCGAAUUUCUCUGCACGGAAGGAAAUGCCAACUUGUAGUAUAUCUGAGUUUUAAAAAGGCUUUUCAAGUUUGUAAUUUCCACUUUGAAAUGUUAGACUUGAUUUGCCCUAAAGAAAAAUGUAUUCUGUUGCUGCAGGAUUUUUUUCCUGCUGUAGCAAACUGGCUCAAAUUAAGAUACUACAUCUGUAUAACCACGAUAUUAUGCUGAUUAUUUCAAAACAAAUGUUUUUACUAUAAAUUAACACAUGAAAGCGAACUCACCGCAACAUUAUUUUGCUCCUCCACAAACUCCCCCUCAAACAGACAUCAACUUCAACUCUACUAAACGGCAUUUCACUUGCAACAUCAACUGAAGCAGACAAAACAUUCAGCGACAUCAUGACAAUACUUUCAUCUUGACCUAACAACUUGACCCUUGACAGACAAUACAAACCUGUCGAUACCAAAAUAAUGACACUUAGACACACCUGUACACACAAGUACAAAUGAAAAAAAAAAGGGUUAUUGACUGUAGAACGAGUUUUACCUGAGGAGUGCUGUCAGGGGCUUGGUCCUGGGUGGAGUGGUAAGGUGGAGGGGGACUGGGAGGGGGAAUAAGACGGGAAAAGGGAAGGAGGAGGGGGUGACGGAGAAUCAUUGGGGAAGGAAGGCUCAUGAGGGGUGGUGAUGAUGUCAGAGGUGGAGAGUUGAUAUGCCGUCAUCUCAUCAGUCCUCUCCUGGAACCGCUCCACCGUGGUGGAGAUAUCCACCUGCUGUUUAACACACAACAUGUGACACUGCCAGCCCAACACUGAAAACGACCAUAUUGAGAACCCCCCAACCAAACUCUGAAAUAAACCUGGGCGUCCUCAUAAUAGGUGAACUCUGACCUCCUCUUGACAAGGCCAUGGAUCCUUCUACCAAGGAAAUAAAAAUGAGGCAAGAGAUUAGAAUGUAUCAUUUCAUUUUCUGUCAACGUGUAUUUAUGCAAAUAGGUAAAUGGACCUUUGCCACUUUUUCAGUGAAAACGUGCUUGACUGCACCUUAAUACCAGUCACCUCCUUGUUGUUGAAGACCACCUGGACGAGACCCUUUAAAAUAGACACAGGGAAACAUUACAUUUCAAGCAGGAAAUAUAAGUAGACCUAUAGUUUGUGCAUCAUUUGACACAAAUCAGGUGCAUUUCAGAGGAAAGAUCAGUUGAGAAUCUCUCACCCAUGGGUCCAGGAUUUUUCCUGAAUGACUCUGCUCCACCACAGCUGCUUCUCCACUCCCCUUAAAAUGCACAGGUGAUGCAUGUCCUCUUCAUUUUGCUAUAAAGAAAAAAAUGCCUUCAGACUCCAGACCUCUCUCUAUAUGUUAGCUGUAGAUGUUCAUAUAAUUUGGCAGCCGAUUUCAGUGUAAUCCCUGGCAGUGAUAUAGAGCCCACAUGAUGUUCGUACGACAAGUUUCCCCUAGGUUUCAAUUAGGGCCAGACAUACAAAAGAAAACCCAGAGACAAUUGGGAGUUCAAAUACACAGAUGUGUUUAGAAAUGUUAAGAAUAUGUCUGAAGUACCAGCACUCAUCCAUAAUGGAUCUUCCAGUAAUGAAAAUGAAACGAACCCCAGUUCCCAACCAGCUGCAACUUCUCAUAAGGAAAAGGAGUCUUCACUAUUUGGCUGCAAAACAAAGACAUCACCUAAUUUUAGAGAUUGCUCUGUGAUUAAUAAGAUACACAAUUGUGGCGAUAGAGGACAUGUUAAUGUGUACUAUUACUAAUCAUCUAUGACUGUCUAAUAAUGUGAUUGGCUAUGUAAGAAUAUGUUGAAGAUAAAUACACAAUGCAGAGGACGAGAGGAUUAGAAUUAACGAUCAAUGGAAAUAGUUGUUUUUCAGGUCAACAUCUGUUUAGAAUAUUUGUUGGAAUGUCAGUCCUGAACUCAUAGCUAUGUGUGCUAUGUUUUCAUUGGUCUGAGUCUGGAGCAGGAUACUUGUUAUUUGGCCAUUGGUCCAGUUGUACUGCAAGGACUUCUAAUUGGUCAGCCUCAGGCUAGGGUGGGAGGUUAUAAAUGACAUCCUGUUUCUUUGUUCUGUGGAGAGAAUAACUGAAGAUAAUCACUGGGGAGAAUCACUGAGGACAGGGGAGCAUGAACAUCUACCAUCUACCUCCCCACAUGAUUCAUCCUCUUUGAAUGAGAAUAAACCUGUUUUCCACCCCUUUAUUUGAUUUGGGGUCAGUGUUAUUAAAGAGUAACAUCAACUGCUAACAGCUACCUGUGAAUGGCAAUCUGAAGGUGCUGACAGUUCGUCAAGCACUAGCCUCCCAGCUUCUGUAAGGUGAAGGGUAGGCUCCUCCAUAACCAAAUUGGAAGUCUGUGGAAAAAAAGGUAAAAGGGUACAGCCAUCAAACUAAGUAAAUUCUCCCUAUAACAGAUGAGCUUUGGUUAAUAAUGUGUUUGGUUACCUGUGUGUUUAACACUGCAAGCUCUGUUACUAGCAUUCUCCAAGCAAGGGUGAGGUAGUAGACUGGUUUGGCCUUGGAGAAGGCAGGCUAUGAAGGCAAGGGAAUAUGUUUACAGACAUUUUCAUUAUGUUGUUUAAUAGAAAACUAGUGACUUGAUGUUAAUGUUUAAUAUCCUCUAAAGACUAAAGAGUAUCAGAAUGGAUAGACUCAUGGAGAUAGGAACAUAAAAGGGUCCAGACCAAGGGAUUAAAGCCAGACAGGACCAACCUCCUCAUCCACAUACUAAGGAACAAGACACAAUCAAAUUAAGAGUCAGUUUGAAUGAUAAACAGGUAGCCUACAGUAUAGGACUGACAUACUGGUAUAGGACAGAUUGCAUGAGGAGGCCACUGAAUGAUAGGAUAGAUUCUAAGACAAUCGGCAGUUGAACUACACAUGCAUGUGUUCAAAGGGUAAGGAAACAUCUGAGGUGCCUGCAUAUGAAUGACUUCCUGUUCAAUUUGAGAGGACAGUUCUUCCCAUACCAUCCUCCUAGCAGGAGUGAAACAGAUAAUAAUGGGCUGCUCCAUUGUGAAAAUCUGAGAAAAUGAGGGAACAGCUUUAAAGACAUCAAAAUAUUCUACUAGUGGAUACUGAAGGUAAUCAUCCCUAUUAGAUCAGAUUAGUAUUAGUUAAUCAUCUGAAUGGUUACCUGUGUGUUUAACACUGCCAGCUCUCUCACCAGCAUCCUCCCAGAGUGGGUAAGGUUAUAAAUUGGCUGCAGAUUGACAGGCUAAGAAAAAGAGAAUAUGUUUACAGAAAUGCAUUUCCAUAAGAUUAUUUUAGAAAAUGUUAUGUUUAUGUUUAAACACCCCUAAAGACCAGAGAGUAUCAGAAUUGAUGGACUUUGAAGGUCCAGACCAAGAGAUUAAAGCCAGACAGGGCUGCUGCCGAACCAACUCAUUCACAUGAUAAUGAACAAGACAGGGUACAUUUAAGAGUCAGUUUAAAUGAUAGACUGGUACUGUUUAGGAGUAAAAGAUUGGCUUAGGGAAGAUUGCAAGAGGAAGCCGCUGCAAUGAAAUUAGUUGAAAUGCACAGGUUUGAGUUAAAACCUCUCUAGGGUAUGUGGGACGCUAGCGUCCCAUCUGGCCAACAUCCAGUGAGAUUGCAGAGCGCCAAAUUCAAAUACAGAAAUACUCAUUAUAAAAAUUCAGAAAACAAAACAUAUUUUACAUAGGUUUAAAGACUAACGUCUUGUGAAUCCAAUCAUGGUGUCAGAUUUAAAAAAUGCUUUACGGUCGAAAGCAUACCUUACGAUUAUUUGAGAACCUAGCCCAGUUGAAAAUUAUUACAAACAGUAACCAGCCAAGCAGAAGCGUUACAAAACUCAGAAAUAGAGAUAAAAUUAAUCCCUUACCAUUGAUGAUCUUCAUAUGGUUGCACUCAGAAGACAUUCAUUUACUCAAUAAAUGUUCCUUUUGUUCCAAAAACCUCCGUUUUGUUUGCACGUUUUCUUCAGUAAUCCACAGGCUCAAACGCAGUCAACUCAGGCAGACGAAAAAUCCAAAAUGUAUCCGUAAAGUUCAUAGAAACAUGUCAAACGAUGUUUAUAUUCAAUCCUCAGGUUGUUUUUAGCCUAAAUGAUCUAUAAUAUUUCAACCAGACAAUAACGUCGUCAAUAUAAAAGGGAAACCAGAAAUGCACUCUCUCGGGAUUGUGCAUGAAAAAGCUCUGUGACACGUCAGGGUCCACUCAUUCAGACUGGUCUUACUGCCUAAUUUAUAAGAAUAUACAAGCCUGAAACAAUUUCUAAAGACUGUUGACAUCUAGUGGAAGGCAUAGGAACGGCAAAUUGAGUCCUAAGUCAAUGGAUACUGUAAUGGCAUUGAAUAGAAAACUACAAAACCAAAGAAAUAUUGUUAAGGGAAUUUUUAUCAAUGAUGACUAAUUAUGUAUACAUUUCAAUCAGGUCUGACUAGUCCAAAUGCUGUUAUGUUACUGUACAUGUAUGAAUUUUCUCUCUUGCUCCCAGUAUUGAAUAUAAUGAAGUCAAGAGUUUGGAACAAUGACGGUCUGUUCCUUGGUACAAAUGAAUGAACUAUCUCCAGAUGGCAGGGACGGACUAUCUCCAGACUGUCUAGAAUGCUUAUCUACACUGACUGACCUUGGCUCUAGGCAAGGAGGGAAGGCUUGAGAACUAUAGGGCCUUUCUACCAGUGUCAAGAAGAGACGGAACAUUUAGAAAACGCUGACGUCAUUUUCAGUUUAUAACCUGUGGUAAAAUGUGUAUGAACUCAGUACUCUCUUGAAUUAAAGGCUGUUACUUGACUUUUAA